AUGAUUAAAUCAAUCUUGCAAUCUAUCUCGUCUUGCAUCAUAAGUGUGUAUCUUAUUCUAUACGUGGUGGUGAAUGAUAUUGAAAAGAUGUUAAAUUCAUUCUGGUGGGGUGGUGCUAGUAACAAUAAAGGAAUUAAGUGGUUGGGCUGGGACAAGCAAAUUUGCACUAAGAAGGAAGGAGGAAUGAGAUUCAAAGACUUCAAAGCCUUUAACUUGGCUAUGGUGGCUAAACAAGGAUGGUCCAUGUUGACAAAACCCCCAUUCCCUUGUUUCCAGAGUCUUCAAAGCAAAGUGGAGUAUAGGUGA